GCAAGCACAAAGCAGACAAACACAAAGUGGGCAAGCACAAAGUGGGCAAGCACAAAGCAGGCAAGCACAAAAUUGGCAAGCACAAGGCAGGCAAGCAUAUGAUGGGCAAGCACAAGGUGGGCAAAUGCAUGGUGGGCAAGCACAAAGUGGGCAAGCACAAGGUAGGCAAGCACAAAGCAGUCAAGCACAAGGUGAGCAAGUGAAUGGCAGGCAAGAACAAGGCAAGUGA